AGUAAAGUACCGCAUGAUAGGACUUCAACAGAAAUUUGGGCUGAAUCAUGCACUUUCAUAUUCACACUAUUUCAAGUAAUGUGUACCAGAACAAGGACAGGACCACAGAACUUGAUUUGGUGCAGGCGAAGGAAGCUGAGAAAGAGUACAACAUACCAUAUUCAACACAUCGAUUUGGUGUUUUGUACACAGUAACAAAACCGGAACUUGAGCAACACCACAGGGUCAUGGCCAGCAUGAACGUGAGCCAGGGGAACUCGUCCAAGUGUGAUUUUGACAAAAGCGUGAUUUCGGUGGUUUUCCCCUGCCUGUACAGCCUGCUCUUCCUGGCAGCCCUGGUGCUCAACCUCCUGGCCGCCUGGAUCUUCUUCCAGAUUCCCAGCACCUCUACCUUCCUGGUGUACCUGAAGAAUGUGGUGGCAGCGGACCUGCUCAUGACGUUCACUGUGCUGGUGAAGGUGCUGAAUGACUUGGGCGUGGGCUCCUGGCGGCUCAGGGCCUUCUACUGCCGCUACUCCGCCGUGCUCUUCUACGCCACCAUGUACAUCAGCAUCCUGCUGCUGGGCCUCAUCAGCCUCGACCGCUACCUGAAGAUCGUCCACCCCCUGGGGAAGUCCGUCCUGCAGAAGGUAGGCUUCGGCCAGGGCCUGAGUGCCGCCGUGUGGGUAGUCAUGUUCUCGCUGGCGCUGCCCAACACGGUUCUGAGCAACAAGGAGCCGAUCCAAUCCUCAAAGCUCAAUUGCAUGGACAUGAAGAACAAGGCGGGCCUGGAAUGGCACGAGGGGUUCAACUAUUUCUGCCAGGUUUUGUUCUGGUGCACGCUGGUCCUGAUGGUGUUCUGCUACACGUUCAUCAGCAGGAAGGUUUAUGAGUCCAUCAGGGCCUCUCGCAGCAGCUCCAGUACCAGGACCAGACAGACCAAAGCCAAGGUGUUCAUUGUGGUGGUGGUGUUCUUCAUCUGCUUUGCGCCUUUCCACUUUGUCCGUGUGCCCUACACGCUCACUCAGACACGCAAUGCCAACUCCUGCUGGGUGAAGUAUCAGCUCUACAUCGCCAAGAAGACGGCGCUCUGGCUCUGUGCCACAAACAUAUGCUUGGACCCACUCAUCUACAUCUUCCUGUGCAGGAUGUUCCGCAGGAAGCUGACUGCCACUCUUAGGCGUAAACCACUCCCCCUGGGCAGUGCAGAGUACCCGACAGAAACUUCCACCAGACUGGAAAUGUCUUCUGUGGUGCAUAAUAAGCAUAUCGCAACAGAAGUAGAAAGAAACAUAAAUGACUAAAACUGAAAUCCAUACAAAAGAUUGUCAACAACAAAAACAGUCUUAGAACAUUAGGACACAUGUUGUAAAACAUUUCUGUUGAGAUUUCAGAAAAAGUUCCAAUAACAUAAACAUUUAAUAACAUUCCCUGAUGGUUAUCAUUUAGCCAUGAGAGGAACAUACUGUCGAUAAUAUACGUAUAAUUUUCAGGAUGUUAUUUUCAGAAAAUGUAAUUGAAAGAACAAAAUUGUUCACAAGAAUUGUAUUGGAUAAAAUGAAUAUGGAUUACAAUACACAUUUCUUUUACUGACAUAACCAAAAUGACUGACAUUUUGAAACAAUUCCUGCAUUGUCCCGAGUGACUUGAGCAACAUCUGUGAAACUAGACUGAGGUCAGCCAUGACCAGUUUCUUUCAGAGCUGGUUCCUAGAUAACACAUUACAUACCAUGUUACACAUUUUCUUAAGAUGCCAUUGCUCUGUAAUAUCCUGGAUUAUAUGGAAAGGCCACAUCACCACUCCCAUUCAAAAUAAAGUGAUAAAGUACUCUCACAGAGACUGAGAGUGACUGGCUGAAGUGGUCAUCCACACGAGAAACGGAAACACUCCACACACCUGUUGCUGUUCUCCUGAGUGAGGUACUUUACCUUAGCUUGUCUAGCUCUUUAAAUUAAUGAAUUCAUUCCAAAUUCCACACCAUGGUGUGAGAAUUGUAGACAGCAGUGUAUACAGUAGAUGUAUGUGUGUACUAUCUACAUCCCCAGCAGUGUGUGGACUGAUCUUGAUAUAUCGUCACCAUUUGUAAUAUGCCUACGAAACAUUGGCUUAAAAUGCAGACAAUCUGUUCUAUAAGUGUAAAAAGAUAUGUUCCGUAUAUUUCAGAUCAAUAUAUUGUUACCGUUUUCUCAUUUUAUCAUAUGCUUUAGUAUGCUUUGCCUAAGAUUUUCUCACAACCUGAAUAUACAAUAACAUAGAUGAAAGUAAAUCAACAUAUAGUACAAUAUGCCAAAAAAAAAUGUUUACUGUGAAAUACUCUUUUAAACAUGUACUCGAAGAUAUUUCUUGUGUGUAUUAAAGGACUGAUGUGGCCCAAUUUGGAUGCGAAUUGAGCCUUCUGGUUCUUUUGUGUGUGGAAGUCAGUCCACAUCUUCAUUAAAGUUUAAUUUUA